UACAUAAUCUCAUAUUACACCAUUGUUUCCAUCAUUCCCUGCAACUUUUAUUUCAACACUCAACCUAAAACCUUACCCUAUCCUUGUACUAUACAAGAAAUCAUCAUGAAUGGGUGUGGGUUGCCCAACUCUAGAUUUACAAGUAAUUAAUCAUACACAAUAUAUGGAAGAAUACCUUCAUACUCUCAAUUUCAAAAUCAAAUUACCACUUUGAACGAAGCACUGACUUACACGACCGUCGACUACCGAAGACCCACCGCUGCACCUACGUAGCGCCACCGCCUCUGUUUUCCGAAAAUAUAACCGUGCACUCACCAUAAGCACCACCCCCGCCACCCUCGUUCGGAGGCUUAACAAUUAACGAGCCGCCGCGUAGUCGUCGAUGUGUUAACCGUAAGGACCAGCCACCACCGCCUGUCCGUAAGACCGUAACGUCAUCUGCUCAGUGAGGUUCGCAUAAGUUUUGAGGACGACUUAAUUUGUGGAUUUUUGCUUUGUUUGCUAAACUAAGGUACGGAUUCCCAUUUCUGACAUCAUAGUAUUUUUAUCCUAUCCGUCACUUUGCAGUACGGAUUUUUGUGUGUCCCUGUUAGCCGUUUGAUAUGUGAUGCGAACCAGUCUGGUAUUGUUUGUAUGAUUAUUAGAGUGAUGUAGCAUGCCAUACCUUAGACUUGUACUCAUGGUCGCAUGUUCCUAUUAGUAUUAUUUUCAGUUGAUUGUAAACUAUUUACAUGGCCUUAGUUUUUGUACUCUGUCACCCGAGCGUCUGGCUUGCCGUUUGGGCGUCAACGGCAUGGCACUUAUCGUGACAGUGCGUAAUAAAAGUUCACGACGUCUCUAGUUUGCGCUCGUGUAGCGCCUUGGCCCCUAGAGGCGUAUAGAUCGAUCUUAGUUCCGAGUUUGAGUUUGUUGUGUGGAGAUGGAAUAAUGAGUGAACGCCACACUCACCAUCUCAUAGGUACAUGGACUAGCUAGCUGUGUACCAGUCUGUUUUUGGCUCUGGGUGCUUCGUUAUUACAUGACUUAUUGUUAUGACAUUCAAGGUCACCUAAUUAGUAUAUGCAUUUGAUACGUUUGUGAUAUGAUAUGAUCCGUCCGCUACUGUGCCAAUUAUACUUUAGACGCAUAUUUCUAAUUUGGUUCAACAUCUACUUCAGUUUAAUUUCUGUACCCGUAUUGAUUUGUUAUUUCAAUCUCGUCUCGUGUUUCUUUCUUUUCGUCCAUCCUUACUUGUACUAUUGUUCUUUCCGUUACUGAGCAAUUCUUUGGCUCAGCCGUAGUUUUCUUUUCUAUGUUUUCCUUGUCUUGUUUACAGGUAAUCAGGGAUAAAAUGGGGAAUCGGUAAUGAGAGAUUAAUGGAUGUUCAAGAGUAUCUAAAGACUCUUUAUUUUGUUAAAUCAUGUACUUUUAAAUGAACUUAAGACUUAGGGUAUUUUGAGACGUGUAUGUCACCUUGAAUCCUAUCUUAUAUUAAGUGGAUGUGUUUUGGUUAUGAUAUUCGUAAUAGUGAUGCUCCGACCUGCCCCGGGUUGGGGUGUUACAGUUAUGGUAUCAGAGCCAAGGCUCCUUCCUGUAGAAAACUUAAACCUUAAUAACAAAACACGUGAGGUAAUGGGUAGACAUCGGGUUAGGAUUCCUCUUUGCCAUUUUUCCGCUUAAUGUAAAAUCUCAAUGCUCAUCUGAAAGUCUUCUUUUCAGAUGGCUCCUAAAAGACAUGUGAACACUCGUCGUAGUGGGACUAAUACCUCAGACGACACUCCUCUUGAGGCUCUAGUUGCUAACGCCGUCAAUGCAGCUAUUGCGGGUUUAGUUCCUAACUUAUUACAGCAGUUACAACAAAUGAAUCAUGGAGGUAACCAUAAUGGACCACCACCAGGAGGUAACCACAACGGACCACCACCAGGAGGUAACCAUAACGGACCACCACCAGGAGGUAACCACGACAGGCCACCUCUCGGAAAUAAUGUUAACCCUCCUGUUAGCAUCCAUCAAAGACUUGCACACUUCCAAAAACAAAAGCCGAACUCAUUUAGUACUGCUACUACACCAGUUGAGGCGGAAAACUGGAUCGCUCAUAUCGAGAAAUUGUUUGAAGUGUUGGGCGUUGAUGAUGUGUUCAAAGUCAGGCUUGCUACUUAUAAGUUGGAGGACGAUGCUCAUAGGUGGUGGAAGAUUUUGAAAAGUUCUCAUGGAGGAGAUAAUUACGCAGCUACACUCUCAUGGGAUGAGUUUCGCUCAUUAUUUUAUCAGCAGUAUUUCACUGAUGCUGAUCGUAGUGAAUACCUGAGAGAAUAUUCAUCCAUCAUGCAGAGAAAUAAUGAGCCUAUCAUGGAAUUUAAGAACCGUUUCUGUCGCUUGGUUAGUUUUCUAGGCCCGCCGCUGGCACGAUAGAGCAGCAGACAAACACUUUCAAGUGGGCUAUAUGUGACCGGGAUAGGAAGUUUAUCCUGAAUCUUCGUUUCAAUGACAUUAAUGAGAUUGUUGACGCGGUUAAGAACUUGGAUAACGAUAAGAAGCAUCGUCAGAAGGCGUUUGAUGAUAACCGCAAACGCCCAAGGGAAAAUAAUCAGGAUCACUCUUCUUUUCGCGCUGGAAACGAUCAGUCCUUGGCACCGCGAGACCGUAAACAUCGUUCUGAUAAGAAUUUCACUAAUCAAUCACGAAAUGGGGGGAAUCGAAAUCAAAAUCAUAAGCCUGCACAGAACCAGACACAACAAAAUCAGGCCCCCAGUAGAGCACAACCACUGAAUCAACAAAACCCACAACCGAAUCGUGAUCCUCCUUGCGCUACUUGCGGAAAACCUCACAAAGGUAUUUGUCGUCGAGCUGAAGGCCUUUGUUUCAAAUGUGGAGAUGCAGGACAUAUGAUUAAAGCUUGCUCUCAGCUUGCCCCUAAAGCCAAUACUGGGGGUAAUGCUAGACCUGUUGUGGGAGGACGUGUGUUCGCGCUAACAACUGACGAUGCAGCAAAUGCCCCAGGUACGGUUUCCGGUUAUUUACGCAUUGGUGAACUAUUUAUGCCUUGUUUGAUACCGGUGCGACACAUUCUGUGGUAUCUCUCUUGUUUGCUAAGCACUUGAUGAUUAUGCCUACUACCUUAGAGUACCAUUUAGUGAUAUCUACUCCCUUAAGAAAUUCCACUAUCACCUCUCAUGUUUAUCGAGAUUGUCCGAUCCAAAUCGCGUCCAUUAUUCGUCCCGCAAAUUUGUAUCCCAUUCAGAUGAAUGACUUCGAUGUUAUUCUUGGCAUGGAUUGGCUCUCGCGGCAUAAUGUCUCGAUUGAAUGUCAGACUCGCCGCA